ACGCAACCUAAAUCCAAAAUAGUCUCUCCCCACGCUGUGGCCAACCAGCACCUUUGCGCCAAUUGCCAUCACCACCACCACCUAUCCGAUCUGUCAUCUCUCUCUCCUCCACAGAAGUUAUUGAGACAGGACAAAGGAAACAAAUCAGAAAAACCAAAUCAAGAUCCUAGCACAAACCCUGAAAAAAGGCCAAAUCUCAAAUCAGCUUUCGGAUUUUUGCAUCAUAUAUCGCUCAGUUCAGUUUGUCCCAGAUCUAAUCCAAAAGUCACCAAUCAUGGCUGCAACUUUCAGCGGCGACGAAACGGCCCCGUUCUUCGGUUUCCUCGGAGCCGCCGCAGCGCUCGUUUUCUCCUGCAUGGGGGCUGCUUACGGAACUGCAAAGAGUGGAGUUGGUGUUGCCUCCAUGGGAGUUAUGAGACCAGAGCUUGUCAUGAAAUCAAUUGUUCCAGUGGUCAUGGCUGGAGUUUUGGGAAUUUAUGGCUUGAUUAUAGCUGUAAUUAUUAGCACAGGGAUAAACCCAAAGGCCAAAUCUUAUUACUUGUUUGACGGGUAUGCGCAUUUGUCCUCGGGUCUUGCGUGUGGGCUGGCUGGUCUAUCUGCUGGAAUGGCAAUUGGAAUCGUUGGCGAUGCAGGAGUGAGGGCUAAUGCUCAGCAGCCAAAGCUAUUUGUUGGUAUGAUCCUCAUACUAAUUUUCGCUGAAGCCCUUGCUCUCUAUGGUCUCAUUGUUGGGAUCAUUCUCUCUUCCCGAGCAGGCCAAUCCCGUGCAGAUUGAGGAGGCCAAUGAGGCUUUGAUCCCCUCAACUCUUCAAAUUGUAAGCUAAAGUUGGUGUCAUCGGCUGUUAUGCUGAGCCUGCAAUAUACUUUUAUCAGAUUUUCUAGUCUAUAAGUAUCUGGAUUCUGGAUAUUGUGAUGGAUAUUUGCCUUUUGUUUAUGAUUCUUUGAGAUCUUUUCAAGGGAUUGCUUCAAUGAAUGACGCACUUGUUAAGACUUUGAUUA